AUGAACCCGCAAUGUUCAAAAUGUAAGGCAGCAAUUAGGAAAUAUAACUACUCCGUCAAAGAGAUAGAAAGAAUGAGAAACGACUAUGCAGAUUUAAAGAAAGAAGUAGAAAAGCCAGCAGAAGAUAAAAUGGACAUGUUAGCAUUUCUGAACAAAAAUUAUCCAACUGCUGACGAUUUCCUUCUAUCUGACGUCAAGAAGAAAUAUAAAGAAACCUUCGGCAUUGUUAAAACAUUCGAUGUACUAAAAGAAGAAAUAGAAGCUACAAAACUGUUUAAAGUCAUGAACCAUCGCAACAUAUACCAUGUAAAACGCUUGUAA